AUGGCUCAAGAGGUAUCUUCCUUUGACUUUGUCAAUGAUGUUCCUGUGGUUCUUCGUGAUCAUGGCCACCCUCAUUCUCGCUUCUUGACGGGUGCCUUGACCGCCGACAUGACCACUCAAACUCGUCGUCAACGUCGUCGGGAGGCAGGUCGAUGUGGCGGAGUGUUUCGUGUCAUCCGUGGAGGUAAUGAUGAUGAUUUUGACAUGUGGGGGGAUUUCGAGUAUGCAGAGCCGACGACGACGAAUCAAUCAUACAUUCUUGGGGGGGUCUCUUGGGAUGAUGUCGGAUCUGUAAAUUCAUCAUCAGCAUCAGGAUCAGCAUCAGCAUCGUCCUCGCCUUCAAAGGGUCCAAACCCUAUUACUACCACCUCGGAAUCAGGGUUGGAUUCAAUCUCAACUUCAACCUCCAACACGGGUCCUUCCAAUAACAACAACAAGUUGACAGCCACCAUCAAAAAGACAAAGAAGCCGAAAUGGCGAGUCAGUCGAACAGGAGAGAUCCGAAACGUCUCGAGCGAGAGUCUUGACGACGAUACCCUCGACAGUUAUCGAUUAUUUUUGAGUGCUCAGACCAAGAACGAGACCAAGAUAGAAGGAGUGACGAAGGGCACUUCUGCAACCACCUUACCAUAUGAGAGCAUGGAGAUGGAUGUCGAGGCCAUACCCAGCCAAAACACGGCACGAGGCAGUGCUCACAUCGACUCGGUGGCAGAGUCGAGGACCGAAGCCGGGCCGAGCAACAAGACAACAAAUACGAAACAAGACAAUAACCACGACAAAGCCAACCUUGCCUUUUCCAAAAACAAACUCGUCAAGAAGGUCAAGGGAAUGAACUUGAUCUCGAACAUGACUCGUCAUCGGCAUACCAGGACUCGUACUCGCACAGAUGGUCCCUUCGACAUUACCCAGCCAUCGAUCAACGUUGCAAGGAACCCAAAACGAACGACAGUUGCUGGAAUGCUAAACGUCAACAAACCCUUGCCAUGCAUUCCACGGCUCAUGACCACCGAAUCCGACCUUGACCUGCGUCUGCGUCCUCAUCCUCAUCCGCAUCCACACACAGACACAGACGCGGACAUGCAUACACACGGGGAUACUCACCGUCAGGAGACGAGGGCCCCUGCCACCACCACCACCACCACCACCACCGUCGAGACUCGGCCUUUGGCUCCUCCAGUCCCAAAAAUCACAAUCACAUCUCCGAGUCCAGCCAAAGAUUCCUUGACACAAGCACUGGCACCGGCACUUGCGCGGGACCCGGUAUCGAAAUCAGAAUCUCAUCAACCACCAAUUCAAAAUGACAAUGACACUUGGAAUGAAGAAAUAGACAAGGACUUUUUCUGUUCGCUCCCAAUCACAAACGCAGACACGGACAACACAGAGACCACCGGUAGAUGCGUCGUAAGAAAGCAGGAGAGAGUUGAUCCGGCCAGUUCCACAAGUAGUGAAGACAAUGUCGACCGGCGGUGGUUGUGA